AUGACCGACCAGAACUGUACUGUAUUUACUUACAUACUCCCUGAUGGACAGUCAAAUACAGUGGGGGCAGUCAAGCAGGGUAGAGAAGGGGAAAGAGGCGAGGAAACGACUGUAGACCUAGCCGAAGCUGCCUUAAUCAGGCACCUACACAGCCCACCUCAAGUGCAAUGCACGCUUAAAGCUAAAAGCCUACAAGAUCGCACAUCAUUCCAAUCUUCUCGCAAGCAGAAUUCAUGUACACGCUUUUACAAUCUCAGAAAAUCUUUGCCAUUGCGGGCAAACAGCAGUCAUAAAAUGCUAAUGCCUCUGGAAGAAACCGUGUGGCCAGCUUGCCAAACAUGGCAAGGGCAGGCUCCCCUACCACCAAAGCAUCGGCCGGCGGCAGCGAUGCCGGUGCAGAUGCCGGUGCCGGAGCUGGCUGGAUACUUCAUUUUCGAAAUCAGCGGCGCCUGCCAAGAGGAUGAAGAGUCCAGUUAA